UUUUUUUUUCAUUUGAAAAAGAAAACAAAUAAUUUCAAUGAUCAAUGAGGAAAGAUUCCUGAACAUAUUUUUCAAUUACUGUGCUCACAUAAUUAAAUCAUUGAAUUUAAUCAAAUUAAGCGAUUGCAUGUUGGCAAUCUAAUCAAUAAAUCUAAAAUCGAUUACCAUUUAAAGUACAUAUGGACAUUCUACUCUAAUUUCGCGUACAACCAACAUCUAAAUAUCUAUAGUGGCACAGGUGGUGUUUGUGUAUAUCGAAUCUUGGUUGUCUUGCUACGAAAAUUGAAUUAUAGAAAGUUUUCUUUGUCGUUAUUUUCGACUUUAUUUUAGUCAAGGACUUUAAUGAUUAUCUCUAUGACAAUAAAGUGAUAUAGUUUAGUGGAUUAAACGUAUCCAGCAAUUAAAAUACAAAUUGAAAGAAAGAAAAUGUCGUACAUUCCACCACUCGUUUGUGAUACACCACCGCCAAUAGAUUUUGAAGACAGCCACGAAGAUGAUUUCGGCGACGGAAUGUUUUCAAAUUAUGACGGAUCUUCGCUGCCUACAACACCGAAGCAAUUAUCAUCAAUAAAUGAUCACGAUGACCUGCCGCUGGAUAUUCCAGAACUGCCAGACGAGCAGCAUUUUCCUGAUAGAGCAGAAAAAGAAUUACAAACAAAAGCGUCACUAGAAUGUACCGAGCUCCCAUCAACAAAUUCGUCAAUUUUACACACGAACCAUAUCUACUGCGAACCACCAGAACUACCAUCCGUUAUUAUUGAAAACGAAGUGGAUUCCAAUGAAGUGCCCAAAAUUGAGCAAGUCGAAAUAGCCACUCAUCAGUCGGACGUAGGUUCGAACCAGCCGGUAAACGAACCAUCGAAACUUACAAAUAGUGUUCAAAGUUUGGAUAAUUCAUCAGCAUCGCAGUCCAAUGACAAUGUGUGUCGCAGUGACAGCCCACCGUCGUUAGUUUUUUCCGCCGAAAGUAUCAACUGUGAUGACAAUCAGUGCGACGAUUUCGACGAAUUUCAUCAACAUACCGACGAUGUCGAAUGUAAUUUUCCGUCAUUGAAAUUGGAUUCGAUUAGUGAUACGAAAAGUCAGUCAUCCGAUUUGGACGAAACCACAAAUAUGCCAGAGUGUGAAAUUGACGAGGUCAGGGACAAUACCGCAACCACGAAUGCUGGUAGCAGUAGGUUAGAAAGUGAGUUCGCUAAAACCAUUGACGCUCAGAGUAGUAAUGUUGAAGAUGUUGAUGUGACUGUGACCAAUGCAGACGAUAGCUUUGAUGAUUUUGUCGAGUAUGAAUCGAGUGUUGCACAACCAGACAAGUCUGAUUUUGUGGAAUGUGAAGUGGUAACUGCUGCGACGUCUAUUGAUGAAUGUGCGCAGAGUAAAGAAGCAAACGAUGAGAAUGUGUUUGCUGCGGAUUUCAGCCAAUUUGAAGUUUACACAGAAAACGCAACUAAUAAACCAGAUGAACCGAUUAGCACUGAACAGCAUAAAUCAUAUGUUUCCACAUUAGAUCAGCUACCUACAGAGAGAGUACCCACGUCAACCGCAGCCACAGACGAUUUCGGUGAUUUUGAAAAUGCAGAUGACGACGACGAUUUUGGAGAAUUUAACGAUUUUAGCGAUUUCACGCAGUCACAAUCACUUCACUCUCCUUUAACGGCAAAUGUGGAGGAAUUGACCGCAAGAAUAAAGCCUUUGUUGGAUAGUUUAUUUCCGACCAGUGAUAAUGAGUCUGAAGAUGGCAGCUACGAUGGCCCGGUCUUAACAAAUGACACCACAAAGAUUAUCAAAGAUUUUGAAAAUUCAAAAGCUCUUGAUCAUCAGUGGACAACGUCAGUGGGAAAAAGCUCUUUGGUGACAGCGUUAGGAAUCGAUUCGAGGAAUAUCCUCUAUGGAGGAAAAUGGAACAGUUCGAUGCCUAGAUUUGCAGCGAAUUUGGGCUUUAGUCCAUUGGAGCCAAUGAAACCAAGCAACGUAUCUGGACCAAGCAGUUCCGUCACGAACGAAAUUCCCGCUGCACAAUUCGAUUGGAACAGUUCUGGCUUAACGAAUCCAUUAGACGCAUCACACGCACACACUUUACUAUUGGACCUAGAACAACUAGUGGUGGUGGCUAAUCUAGAUAAAAUAAAACUUGAUUCCUCUACAUGCUCUUCAACAAAUCCUGCAACUGCAUCAAAACCGACUACUAACAAUAACACAAUGUCAUCGCUUAACAAUCAUUACAUUCAUAAUUGCAACGGUGAUGAUGAUGAUGGUGGUGUUGGGUAUCAAUAUAAUGGUGAUUUCUAUGGAAAUUCAUUGCCGUAUUCAUGCGAAACUAAUAUUAAAACAUUGGAAAAAAAUGUCAAUCAUUUCGGAUUGUUUGAUCAAUUUUUGGAUAUUAGGGUCCAAGAAAUCCUACACAAGACAAACACUGCAGAAAAUCAGUCGUCACGGGCUGCACAUGAUUGGCAUUCAACGAAAGCAGAACCGACACUCAUAGCACCGACAGUCCCCGCAGCUGACAUCAUGCACACAACGUUAAAAAAUGUCAACACAACCAAUUUCAUAGACAGUGUCAUAGACAGUGAGGAAUCAACGCAAGUAACAGCUUCGUAUGUGGUUCCAGGUAGUGGAUCACUCAAAGAAACUCAUAUUUUUACUCCGAGCAAGUCGCCUUACUCGAUUCCUCAAUCGCGAGAAGUGUCAAAUGAUAAACCGGAACCGAAAUGUCCAGAUUUUGAUUAUGAAAAAGCUGCUGCUGGUAUCAUAAUCGAUGAAAAUGUGGUGAAAAAAGAGUACAGAGAUGUUGAAUAUGAUCCUGACAAGCCGACAGCGUCAACAUUAAGCAAUAGUGACGAUUUCUCUGACUUUCAAUCAGUGCCAAUUCCACUAAAUAUUCCUAGUACACACAAACCACAGCAAAAUACUUUGCCGAUGGACUUCGGGAUUUUGCAACCGACAAAGCGAAAUGAUAACAUAACCAUCAACUGGCCGGAUCCCGGAAACGUUGCUACCGCAACAGAUAUGGAUUCAUUUGAUAGUUUCAGAUCGGCUGAACACAUUGGAAGUGGCAGCACAAGCGACUUCGCUGCCACGAAUGAAGGCCCGAAAUCUUCAUCUUCCUCAUUUGGUGACUUCGCGAAGCCGGUUAUUGGGGUAUCGCCAUCGGAAAUAAUGUUUGAAACAAAUUCAACGGCUGUGGAAGACGAUUUUAGUGACUUUCAAAGUGUUGAGCCUAUUCCAUCACAUAACAAUGUAGCAGAUGUGAUAAGUAAAUAUCGAGUACCACCUUUGAGUGAUGUAAUACCGUCCAAUAAAAUAGAACCGUUGUCCAAGAAAACCGACAGCGACUCUAUCAUCACAUCAGAAUUUAAUGCCUCAAAUUGGACCGAUUUCCAAUCUACUAAAGUCAAUGAUGCACCAAUGCAGCCAAGUGUACCUUCAACAAAUAUCCUUCAACCAGCACCACUAAAGCCGGUACAAAUUUUAACUCCACAACCUGUAAAUCCUCAACCGAAUCUUCAGCCGAGCUCCAUAUGGCCUGAAUCGGAAAUAGAUCCCGAUGAAAUAGCCCGACUGGAAGCGAUUUUUCCACAGGCACAAAAGCAAUCGCUUCAACCCGAAACGAAGCCACAAAAUCCAAAUACCUCAAAAUCGCAGGAAGACGAUGAGUGGUCUGAUUUUGUAUCGGUUCCGACGCCAGCAGCUGCUCCACAACCGCUACCCAUCACGAAUAUAAUCAGUAGGAACAUUGCCAAACAUCAACAAGACGAUGACGAAUGGUCCGACUUUGUAUCGAGCACGAGUCAACCGUCGUCGAUGCAACAAUGGAAUGUGAGCAGCGGUCCAAAUUUCACAUCUUGGAAUGCGCCACCACAAUUCGAUUCGUGGCAAAGUUCGACGCUGUUCCAGCAACCGCAACAAUUUGCAUCGACCUUACCGCCUUCGGGCAAUCCAUCACUGAUCUCCAAUCAGCCGAACAAGGCGAAUCCGAACAGUUUCUUUACGCAAAAAGCACCGAGCAUUUCGUUGAUACCGGACUUAAGUUUUGUUGCACCGAAGACAUUGGUCAAUCGAUCGCGAACGAAUUAUCAAAGUAAAUGAUUGUUAAAGUAUGAUCAGACUGAAAGCACUGACAACAAUGUGGUUAUGUGAUUAAGUCUGCAUUUUACAAUUGAAUUAACUUUUAAAAAAAAUGUUGGACUCUCGUGUCCUGUUCAUGCCAAAAUGUAAUUUCCAAAUCUCUGCUUAAUGGAAGACUUUUUUCCCUUGUCAAUUAUUACAGUGGCGUCAAAAUAUUUUCGCCACAGACCACAGCUUUUGACUGAUGUAAUUGUACCGAUGUUAUUAUGAAAUUGACCUUUUCGAAUAAGAUAAGAUGCCGAAAUUCCACUUAGAAAACCAUGCAAUGUUACGCAUAACGAUAAUAGAAACACUUUCGAUAGAGACGCAUUUUUAGCGAAAAGAUAGAAAAAAAAUCGUUGAACGAAAAUAGCAAGUCAUUUUCAGCGCUUUUCGGUAUGAUCAUACAAUAUAGCAAUUUACGCAAAUGAUAAAAGAUGACCAAAUAUAUCAUAAGAAUAUUGUUCAGUUUAACACGCGGAUAAUAAUUGAUUUUAGCACACAAACACACCACCAGACACACAAAAAGUGAGCGUAUUGGUUGUAAGUUGUACUAAUUUGUUGUUUUAGUUUUGUAUUAUAGUCAAGAAAAUAAUGUUAAGAGCUAGGCUCAGUGUGCUUAAUUAGCCGCAAAA